GGGUUUCAGGUGGCCAUAAUGCAGCGCUCGGCUAAAGCAGAUCAGCACGCAGGCGAAAGCAAUGCAUGUGUGGCAUUUCCUCUGAUCUGCUGGCGAGCCAACUUGCGUAAGCUCACUGUGCUCUUCAGGAUAAUCCGUUCUCCAUACAGCCAUUUCUCGGCCUGUGGCCUUCUGUCAGCUGUCGCAUUACGAGUACUUCAAGGGGUCAGAGGAGCGCGCAAGAUGCUGAAAGAGCGGUGCCCUCAAAAUGAGUGCCCCUGCAUCAUGAAGGAGGAAUGACGGUGGCGAAGUGCCCAAAACUCAGGGCUUGUUGGGUGUCCCUCUGACCACCGCCAGUCCUCCUGAAGAAUUUGGGAGGCGAUGGCAGACGAUGUACUCUCACGCGUCAGUCAGCUUGAGAAGGAGCUCGAUAUCUCAAAGAAAGAACUGGAGAAAAGGAUCAAGCACUACGAGGCUAAGCUCGCCACCCUGACUGUGAUCAACGGGGCCCUUCAGCAAGAGAACGAUCAGCUGAAGGAGGAGGCAGAGUCCUAUGAAUCCCAUGGGGAUGAUUCGAAGGCAUCUCGCGCAGAACAGGAGCUGGCCGAACUCCAAGAGGAGUUCACAAAGAGGCUGGGAGUCGCCGAGAAGACGGCUGCCUCUAUGAAGGAGCAAGUUUUUGGUCUUCGAGAUGAGGUGAAGGUUGCAAAUGGGAGGGCGGUCGAGGCUGAACGGAGAGCGGCAGAGAAAGACGUGUCCAUCAAGCAGCUACAAGCGGAAGGGGUCAGUCUGUCCAAGAAGAUUGGCGAACUUGAGGGUUUCCUCCGGAAGCUAAGGGCGGACCAGACCUCCUGGGAGUCUGAGCGAGAGCGCCUCAACGCACGCCUGCAGGUCAUGGAGGCCUCCGCCAGGAGCGACGAGCUCAACAGAUCUGCCGACGUCGAAGGUUUGAGGCACGACAUAGAGGCCGCUAAGCAGGCCAACACCGAGUUGAAGGAGUUCUACACAAAGGCAUUGACUGACGCUCAAGCGCACGAGCAGCAGGAGUUGGAUCGCCUGAGGCAGCAGACUGCCGCGCAGAGCGCUGCGGCCCAGACCCGGCUAGCAGAGCAGCAAGCGUCCUACUCGGCUACAAUCUCGUCACUUCGAGAGAGUCUGGCGAGCGCGCAAGAGGACGCCAAUCGAAGGGAGGACAAGUUGCUGAAAGAGUUGCGGGAGUUGGAAGCUCGCUGCCGAGCUGCCGAGGCAGCCCAAGAGGAAGCGGCUGCCAGGUUGACGGAAUCCACGAGACCGCUCGUACGGCAGAUGGAGUCGCUGUCGCUGCAACUGAACCAGCGGGAUCACGAGGCCGAUCUCAAGCAGCAGCAACUAGAAGCGCAGCUUAGCAAGGCUGAGUUGGAGGCCCGCGAAGCAGUCGAGGAGCGGAAGCGAGCGGAAGGGUUGGCAAAUGCGGCGGAGCGUCGGGUACACGUGGCGGAGAAAGCGGCGGCGGCGGCCCGGGCAGAGGGGCGGGAGGCGAUGGCGAAAGUGAAAGAGUUGGAGGAGAAAGUGCAGACUUGGCGACGGGAGUGCGAAACGGCCCUUGAAAAAGCGCAGCAAGCGAACCGGGAACGGGAUGAAGCUUUGGGAGCACUGACAGUGGCGCGUCUCGCUAAGGAGGAGGCGGAGAAGAGAGAAAAGACUGCCAAGCUGGAGUCUCGGCUCGAGUUGGACGAGGAACGAAAAGCGCUGGAGGCCGAAAGGGCUGCCUUGAACGAGCACCGGCCGAGGGGGAUCCCUCUGACGGCCGAUACUUCGUUUUCCAGACAAGGGUCCCGAGACUUCAACGGUAACGCGGUGGAUGAACCGCCGAGCCCCACGAGUAGCACGGCAAGCGACUACACGUCCGAAAGCUUCGGUAGCCCUAACCCGGGCUUGGUUAAGCAAGGCAGCAGGCGCUUUUCGGACGGGUUAGAAGCGCUCGGGCGGAACCUGACGGGCGGAAGUGCGGCCAUGUCGGAACGCCUGAUUGCAAAAAUCAGGCAGUUGCAGGGCGAGAUGGGGCAGCUCCAGCGGGAGGUGCAGGCCAUGCGGGCCGCCCGCGAGCGCGAGUCCGAAGAGCUGGGCAAAGCCUUGGCCCGCGCCAACAGCCUCGAACAGGACGCAAAGGACUCUCCGCAGCUGCGGAAAGAGUACGCCGAGUUGAAGAAGCGGCACGACAUGGCGCUGGUCAUUAUCGGCGAGCGAAACGAGCGGGCAGAGCAACUUGAGGAAGAUAUGAACGAUGUCAAGGCCUUGUACAGAGAGCAGAUCAAUCUUCUUGUUUCUCAGAUUGAUCCAGCGAAGUGGCCAAAUGGGUACAGGAUAUGUCUUUUCUGCUCACAUUGUGCACAGAUACACAAACGCAAAGCUUGACAUCUGUAACUUUGAGCUGGACGGUGCCAUUGUGCAAUCGGCUUUCAUACUCGCUCGAGCAGUACACGUUAGCUCAUGUGGCGCUGCUAUGCAUAACUGUGGCUCGGGAGCUUCUUCCAGCCAGUGGCGAUCGGAUAUGGGAGGCCAUCAUGCAGCAAGCAUGAAAUCGUGAGGCGAUGUUGCCCAUACACGUCAGAGACGCGUUUCUGCUAUUAUAUGUCCAGAAUAUUUUACUGCACGAGUGCCUUGGGCGAUGUCGUUCACAAAGUCUGUUCAGUGCCAUGUGUACUGACAGU